AACUGUGUCCUCUCUUCAUGAUAGAUUUUUUUUUUUUUGCUAGCUUGCAGUGUUGAAUUUCAAAAUGAAUUUUAAUACACUUUUUUCUCAAUUCAAAGGAAUGCAUUUUUUUCAGCUUGUAAACAGUAAUGAGAAUAACGAGUCUCUUUUUGAGGAAAACUGUACAUUUCUUUGACUGAUCAUGUAUAUAGUGGCAUGGGCUUUUGGUAACAUUUGCAUCAAGCAUGAUUUAAACAGUCCACUCUACACUGAAAAAGGAAGAGGAGGAGGAAGAGACAGAAUUAUGAAUUUCAUUAUGAUAUUUAUGUUCUUUUUUUUUUUUUUUUUCUUUUUGGGCUUGAUUUUGGUCUUUUGUUACUGCAGACAUUUGUUUCUGUUGUUCCUUGUUACUGACUCAUGGCUUGUUUUGUGUGGCGCUUAACUGUUCGUGAGGAUACACAGAUAGUCCCAUUUUGAUAUUGGCAUCAAGGCCAGUAGCUGCACUGAAUACUUCCUAAUCAGAGCUUCUGAAGUAAUCUCUAAACUCCUCAAUGUCAUGUGUGGCUCAGGACACAAUGGUUUGAUUUUGCUUUGUUGAACUUCUGAUUAUAUUUUGGAAUACGGAGAAAUGUUGUGCGCUUGGACUAGCAGUGCUCUCCUGAAUAAACAAAAGGCCAUUUUAGGUAAAAUAUAUUAACGCAUUAGUGUAUUGUUCUCUGUGAUGUGGCAUGUUACUUUUUGAUGUUUGCUGGAUAUUUCAAAUGUUAAAUUAUGCCUUAUUUAUUUCUUAAGGGUAUUUUUGUCAUUGUAAAGCUCACAUGUGAACAGACAAACACAUAUGCUGUUACCACUAGUUUCUCAAAUGUUUAUUUAUUUUUAUUUAUUUAUUGUUUUAAAUAGAGAAAGUCUAGGAGAUGAGACUUAUCUCAACACAUCUACAAACCCAGAGCUGUCCGUGGUGCUGAAACACUGUUUUCCUCUGCUUACUCUGCUUUCUUACUUAGCUUAGGACAAUUGACAUGUGAAUGUUAUUUUGCUUGCCUCAUGCAUGAAUAAAAGAUGAAUAAAAAUGAAAUAUUAAGCAUCAUCAACAACAUAAAUAAUAAUAAUAAUAAUAAUAAUAAUAAUAAUAAUAAUAAUAAUAAUAAUAUAAGGCAUGUUUCACGCCAAUCUAUCGUUUCGUAUUACAACGAAGCUCGACAAAUAUGCAUUCAUUAAUACCUAUGCUCUUGUAGCUAGAAAAUUUAACUUUUCUUCUAUCUCUUCUGGUGUCAUUCAUAAUUUAGGAGAAAAUAAUGUAAAUCAUUUUUUGUCCCGUAAAAAGCAAACAAAGAAUGAAGCGGCAUCCAUGCAGCGUAGAUAAUUACUGCACCACUAAACUAUAAAAAACAAUUGUAAUUUACAGACCUUUAUUUUCCUCUCAUGGUAAAAUGUGCUUUAAAGCUAAAAUUCAGUACUAAAUGUGUUUAUUGACUGUUCUUUCAGAUCAUUUCUUAUUUCUGACGCAGUGCAGAAGACAAAGAAAAAAGAAAACAUAUAACAAUCCAGUUCCCUGUCAUUUGUUUAGCGUUAGUUCUCAGUACUUUUUCUUAAUUGUCCAUUAUAAAAGCCUAAUGAUUUGGUGAGUAAAAGAAAAAAAAUCCUUUUGAUGUUGUUAUAGUCGGUAAAUCCUCUCCACAGUCAACGAGAGCUGAAAGAGUGUAUACUAUGUGCUCACAUUCCGUAAAUAUUCGGCUAAUGUGUGCUUGUAGUGAACACAAUAUACUCAGAGCGUCGCUGUUCACCAUCACAUCCUCUUGCUGUGGAGCAUUUCCUCCCAUCUCUGACAUAUUCAUCUGCAGACAUCAGUGACGCCAAAGCAAGCUACACACAAAAUGGAGUAAUCUAAUCGUUCUCUUCCUGGAGAGAUUUUUGACAGUUUUUGCAGACUACAUCAAUAAAACAACGUUAGGUUGAAUUAUUCGGAAUUCUGUAAAUAUGGGAUGCAGGGAGCUUUCAGUUGUGCUGUCGACUCUCCUCACAGCGCUCCUUUUCUUUCUUUUCCCCGCCGCCCGUGGAGAUCUGAGCUAUUCUGUUCCAGAGGAAACCAGGCGUCAGUAUGUGGUCGGAAAUAUUGCAAAAGACGUCGGAGUCGGAGCUCAAAGUUUAUCAGCACGUAAGGCGAGAAUAAACACGGAAGACAGCAGUAAACGGUACAUUGACAUAAAUCUGAAUUCUGGAGAUUUGAUCGUAGUGGAGAGAAUCGACAGAGAGAUGCUUUGUGGUUCAAGGAUUAACUGCAUCUUAAAUUAUGAGCUCGUUUUAGCCAAUCCGCUUGAGGUGCAUCGCAUUUCUCUGAAUAUUGAGGAUAUUAAUGACAAUGCGCCAAAAUUCGGUAACGAGCGCAUUUCGUUUGAAAUCCGCGAGUCCGCUGAUAAAGGGCAGCGUUUCCGUUUGGAUGAAGCUCAUGAUUAUGAUAUCGGACAAAACGGAGUGAAUGGCUAUUCACUAGAAAAGAAUAAACAUUUUGUUUUGUCUGUAGCAGGAAACACUGAGAGGGGUAAAUACGCAGAGCUUGUGUUGGAGAAAGAGCUGGAUCGCGAACAACAGAAGGAUAUUGACUUGAUUCUUACUGCAGUGGAUGGCGGGAUUCCUCAGAGAUCAGGGACUGCUGUUAUACACAUCACUGUGCUAGAUGCUAAUGAUAAUGUUCCGGUGUUCAGUCAGCCUGUAUAUAAAGUCGUUUUAGCUGAAAACGCACCGAUAGGAACAGAAGUCGUUACUGUGAGCGCAGAAGAUGCAGAUGAAGGAGCAAAUGGGGAAGUUUCAUAUGAAUUCAGUCGCAUUGCUCAUAACGCAGCACAAUUAUUUACUAUUGAUAAAUUCACUGGACUAAUUAAGGUAGCUGGAGAUGUCGACUACGAGGAGGAAAAAUAUUAUGAAAUUAGAGUUCAAGCCAAAGAUGGAUCUGGUUUAGCAUCGACUGCAAGUGUUAUUAUAGAUAUUACUGAUGAAAACGACAAUGCUCCACAGAUUAUUCUUACCUCUGUAAACAAUCCUAUACUGGAGAACACUAUUGUCGGCACUGAAGUGGCAAUUAUUAAUGUUCAGGAUAAAGACUCUGGUGAUAACAGACAGAUUUAUUGUUCAAUUCAGGGAAAUGUUCCUUUUAAAUUAAAUCCAUCUAUUAAGAACUAUUUUUCUCUAACUAACACAAAUCCCCUGGACCGAGAGACAGAGGCAUAUUAUAAUAUAACUAUUACUGCUACUGAUGGAGGCUCUCCACCUUUAUCCUCAUCCAUGACCAUUCAUCUAUCUGUAUCAGAUAUCAAUGAUAAUCCUCCUGUAUUUGAACAGCAAUCCUACACUGCAUAUGUAGUGGAAAAUAACAAACCAGGAACCUCCAUUAGUUCUGUUACUGCAAGAGACCCAGACUGGAGGCAGAACGGUACAGUCCUGUAUUCUCUGCUGCCCAGUGAGAUAAACGGUGUUCCAGUGUCCUCAUUUUUAUCCAUUAACUCAGAUACAGGAGUGAUCCAUGCUGUCAGGUCAUUUGACUAUGAAAAGUUCCGAAACUUUAAAGUCCAGGUCGUAGCCAGAGACAAUGGUUCUCCUCCACUCAGCAGCAACGUGACUGUGAGUGUGUUCAUAUCAGAUGAGAAUGAUAACUCUCCACAGAUAUUAUACCCUGCUCCAGAGGGAAAGUCUUUAAUGACUGAGAUGGUCCCUAAAGCUGCUCUCUCUGGCUCUCUGCUCUCCAAAGUCAUCGCUGUGGAUGCUGACUCUGGACAGAACGCGUGGCUGUCCUAUCACAUUGUCAAAUCUACUGAUCCGGGACUUUUCACUAUUGGGCUCCAUAGUGGAGAGAUCAGGGCUCAGAGGGACAUUACUGAAUCUGACAGCAUGAAACAGAACCUUGUUAUCUCAGUCAAAGAUAACGGACAGCCGCCUCUCUCUGCUACCUGUUCUGUAUAUUUACUGAUUUCUGAUAAUCUUGCUGAAGUUCCCGAACUGAAAGACAUGACUUAUGAGGAGAACAAUUCCAAACUGACUUUUUACUUGAUCAUCGCGCUAGUUUCCGUGUCCACCUUCUUUCUGACUUUCAUUAUUCUCAUCCUGGCUGUGAGGUUUUGUCACAGGAGAAAGCCCAGACUGUUGUUUGAUGGAGCAGUCGCCAUUCCCAGCGCCUAUCUCCCUCCCAACUAUGCAGAGGUGGAGGGAGCUGGAACUCUGCGCACUUCUUACAAUUAUGACACGUAUCUAACAACAGGAUCACGCACCAGUGACUUCAAGUUCAUCACAUCUUACAAUGACAAUACUCUUACUUCUACUGGUACUCUUAAACUGGCCAAAAUGAUCUGUUUGGCUUAAAUACAAAUGAUAAAGAUAGUGAUGAGCAAAAGCCACCGAACAAUGACUGGCGCUUACCUCCAAACCAGAGGCCUGGACCUAGUGGAGCUGGAGUUCGUCCUGAAGAGGCUGGUGCCGGUGCAGUAGUGGGAACAGGACCGUGGCCGAACCCCCCCACU